GCUCGUCGCGGUACAAAACCAACCGACGCUUCCUAACGCUUCCUCCUCUCAGCAACUCACCAUUGUCGACACAAAGACGAGAAAUUUAGAACCAAAAUUUAAAAUGAAACUAGCUUACUGGGAUAUUCGCGGGUUGGCCCAGCCUAUCCGCUUGCUGCUGGAGUACACUGGGACGACCUAUGAGGACAAGUUUUUUUCCUGUGGCGAAGCUCCCAACUAUGACAAGAGCUGCUGGUUUGAUGUGAAGCCCAACCUUGGCAUGGACUUUCCCAAUCUACCCUACUUGGAGGACGGAGACAGGAAAAUCGUGCAGAGCAAUGCCAUCAUGAGAUACAUUGCUCGGAAGAACAACUUGUGUGGAGAGACUGAGGAUGAGAAGGUCCGUGUGGAUAUCUUGGAGAACCAGGCCAUGGACUUUCGGAAUGGCUUUGUGAGGUUGUGUUACACUGAUUUUGACAAGAUGAAGCCAGGGUACUUGGAACAGCUGCCGGAUCUACUCCGGCAGCUCUCCAAGUUCCUGGGAGACCGAAAAUGGUUUGCUGGUGACAAGAUUACUUUUGUGGACUUCAUCAUGUAUGAGUUGUUGGACCAACACAGGAUGUUUCAUCCCACCUGUCUGGAUGACUUUAAGAACCUCAGAGACCUUCUGGAUCGCUUCGAGGCACUCGACAAGAUUGCAGCCUACAUGAAAUCCAAAAGAUUCAUCAAGACCCCCGUCAACAACAAGAUGGCCAAAUGGGGCAACAAGAAAGAGUAAAAUUUCAAGUCGUCUCAACAAUAAAUAAAGUUCAAAUAUUCUGCUGUAAAAUAAGUCGAGCACUACAUUUACUUGCACUGUUGAAAUGUGAUAUUAAGCACAUUAAAGUUGAACUCUUUCUCA